AGAAAAAUAAUGAUAAAAAAUAAGAAUUGAAUCGUAUAUUUCGAGGAUAAGAGAUCUACGGGAAUUUAGUGGAAUUUAUAGAAGUUUCGUGAACUAACCUAAAGGACAAAUAUACAUUAUAAAUUUACAGCUAAGUUUUGUUAUCUGGAUAUGAUUAUAUUUUCUAUGUAGAUAUUUCAAAAUCAACAAAUUUCUUCUAACGUGUAUUGGACGAUGGACUUAUCAUACGGGAUUAAAAAAACGUAUUCCUCAAGCUUUGAUUGUAUUUUCACUCACGAGUAGCAUAACAUCUCAGGGUCUUUAUGUCUACUCAGUUCGGAAUGACCUGGAUAAACUUCUUGAGUGCUGUCCUGGUUUUGUGACGAAAAUACUUGCCAUGUGUCAGUUAUGUACUUAUAUUCUCAACGAUAAAAAAUUGCGGAUGAUUCUGGAUGCCAUCAAAGCCGAUUGGAAUAUUCGAACAGAACGAUUGGAACUAGAAAUUUUGAAAAAUACCGCAGAAGCUGGAAGGUUUUACACCUGUGUAUAUACAGCUAAUGUUAGUUCAGCGGUUGCUACAGUGAUAUUAACCUCAUUGACAAAUCCAGUGCUUGACACAUUGGUUCCUCUAAACGAAUCACGUAUAAGACAGCCAGUUUUCGAAGCUAUUCUUCCUUUUAAUCAAACCAAACACUUUUAUUGGACUUUUCUCUACGGUGCCUCUGCUGCAAUGUAUAACGAUAUAGUUUUAUCCAGUUGUGAAUCAUUGUUUGCAGUCGCGACAUUGCAUGCAUGUGGAUUAUUUUCUAUUGCUAGUUAUCGUUUGAAGAGGAUUGCAGAACAGUUGGAUGUCAGGGAAAUUUGCGAGGAUCAAAACUUACCGGAUUCAAUUUUCGAAGAACUAAUUCAUAUAAUUGAAAGUCACAAUCAUGCGCUUACUUUUGCCAGAACCUUGGACACUGUGUAUUCAACGUUUCUGUUCAUCACAAUUCUGAUGAAUAUACUACUUUUAAGUACUGCAGGACUUGGGAUAUUAACUUCCCUUGGCCAAAUAGAUAAUGUCAUUAAAUAUGGAGCGUUCACUCUUGGUGUUUUUGUUCAUUUUUACUGUAUAACUUUACCGCCUCAAAAACUAUUAGACCACAGUGUUGACGUUGCAUGUACUGCAUAUGAUGUUUUGUGGUAUAAAUUACCUAUAAAAUCAAGAAAACUAUUAAUAUUGUUAAUAAAAAGAAGCCAAAAACCAACCAAACUGACGGCUGGAAAGUUUUACAGCAUGGACAUGGAAACUUUUUCUUCGCUCGCUCAAACGUCGAUGUCCUUCUUCACUAUGCUGUUUUCAUUGCGUUAAUGGUCCUCUGGUGCUAACUUAGGAAGUUCAGGUUUAAAUUACAGAAUUUAUAUUUU